AUGUUUCAGAGAGAUUCUGUAGACGAAAAAAGAGGUGAGUUUCAGAGUUUGUCAAUGGAGCAUUACGAGGUACUUGAGCAAAUAGGGAAAGGGUCCUUUGGGUCUGCUCAUCUUGUGAGACAUAAGCAUGAGAAGAAACUGUAUGUUCUGAAGAAAAUCCGGCUUGCUCAGCAGACUGGUAGGACAAGAAGGUCUGCUCAUCAAGAGGCGAAUAAUGCUGUGACAAAAGUUUGGGGUGAGAAGCUUGUUGCUCCCCCUGGUAUGAAGCUGAAAAACCAUGUGGGUCUAGUUGAGCUUCUUGACAUUGCUGAUACCAAGAGAGGUGCUGAGAUUGCUACUUAA